GGGAGAGAGAAAGAGAGCGCGCAGGACCCGUCAAGGAAAAAGAGCGAACUACUCCGAGGAAGAAAGAAGAGAGGGGACACAAAUGGCACUCAUGGCGAGGAUUGUGUUGACGGUUGCCUUUCUUGUUUCUGUGAUUUCUACACUUGUUUCUCCCACUCGGACAUAUCCGCCGAAUGAAGUCACGUUAUUGGACUCCAGAGCGGCACAGGGGGAGCUGGGAUGGGUCGCCAAUCCGACAGAAGGAGGGUGGGAAGAGGUGAGCAUCAUGGAUGAGAAGAACAUUCCCAUCCGGACGUACCAGGUGUGUAACGUCAUGGAGCCAAACCAGAACAACUGGCUCCGAACAGACUGGAUUCCCCGUGGAGGUGCCCAGCGUGUCUACAUCGAGAUCAAGUUCACCCUCCGAGACUGCAAUAGCCUUCCUGGGCUCAUGGGGACCUGUAAAGAAACCUUCAAUCUUUACUACUUUGAGUCGAACAACGACAAAGAGCGCUACAUCCGUGAGAACCAGUUUGCCAAGAUUGAUACUAUCGCCGCUGAUGAGAGCUUCACUCAGGUGGACAUUGGUGAUCGCAUCAUGAAGCUAAACACAGAAGUGCGUGAUGUGGGCGCCCUGACUCGGAAGGGCUUCUAUUUAGCCUUCCAGGAUGUCGGCGCGUGCAUCGCGCUUGUGUCAGUCAGGGUCUUUUACAAGAAGUGUCCUUUGGCCGUGCGGAAUCUGGCCCAGUUUCCUGAUACCAUCACUGGAGCAGAUACCUCCUCGCUAGUGGAGGUUCGUGGCUCAUGCGUGGAUAAUUCCGAGGAGAAAGAGAUUCCUAAGAUGUACUGUGGAGCCGACGGAGAGUGGUUGGUGCCCAUCGGGAACUGCCUCUGCAACCCUGGAUUUGAAGAACGCAAUGCGGACUGCCAAGCCUGUAAGAUUGGUUACUACCGUGCUCUGGCCGCUGAUGGCGCCUGUUCCAAAUGUCCACUCCAUAGUUACUCCGUCAGGGAGGGCUCCACAUCCUGUACCUGCGACAAGGGAUACUUCCGCUCUGAAACGGACCCAGCAUCCAUGCCCUGCACCCGACCUCCAACAGCGCCGCUUCACCUCAUCUCUAAUGUGAACGAGACCUCCGUCAACCUAGAGUGGAGCCCGCCAAGGAACUCUGGAGGACGGCAGGAUCUGACCUACAACGUAGUGUGUAAACGUUGCGGGCCUGACGGCCGGCGGUGUCAACCGUGCGGCAACGCCAUCCAUUUUAGCCCCCAGCAGCUGAGUCUGAAGGGAACCAGAGUGUCCAUCAAUGAGCUGCAGGCCCAUACUAAUUACACCUUUGAGGUGUGGGCGGUGAAUGGCGUCUCGCCACAGAGCCCCGGGCCAGAACAGGCGGUGUCUGUGACCGUCACCACCAACCAGGCUGCCCCAUCUCCAGUAACAUCCGUCCAAGCCAAGAACAUCACUAGACACACCAUCUCGCUGGUCUGGCAGCCUCCAGAACGAGCCAACGGGGUGAUCCUUGAGUACGAGGUCAAGUAUUAUGAAAAGGACCAGAAUGAAAAAAGCUACAGGAUCAUAAAAACCUCAUCCAGGAACGCAGACAUCAAGGGUCUCACUCCCUUAACUUCUUAUGUGUUCCAUGUGCGUGCACGUACAGCGGCCGGCUAUGGGGAAUGCAGCGGACCUUUUGAGUUCAUGACUAACUCUGUGCCAGCUCCUAUAAUCGGCGAUGGAACAAACUCUACGGUGCUGCUGGUGUCCGUGGUUGGCAGCGUGGUGCUCCUCCUCCUGCUCAUCAGCGCUUUUGUCAUCAGCCGAAGACGGAGUAAGUACAGCAAGGCCAAGCAGGAGUCAGAUGAAGAAAAGCAUUUACAUCAAGGAGUGAGGACAUAUGUGGACCCCUUUACCUACGAGGACCCAAACCAAGCUGUCCGCGAGUUUGCUAAAGAGAUCGAUGCAUCCUGUAUCAAGAUCGAGAAAGUUAUUGGCGUUGGGGAGUUUGGUGAGGUCUGCAGCGGACGUUUAAAGAUGCCGGGGAAAAGAGAGAUCUGCGUAGCCAUAAAGACGCUGAAGGCCGGAUACACCGACCAGCAGAGGAGGGACUUCCUAGCUGAGGCCAGCAUCAUGGGCCAGUUUGACCACCCCAACAUCAUCCACCUUGAGGGUGUGGUCACUAAAUGUAAGCCAGUGAUGAUUAUCACCGAAUACAUGGAAAACAGAUCGCUGGACGCAUUCCUGAGGAAGAACGACGGUCACUUCACAGUGAUCCAGCUGGUCGGCAUCCUGCGUGGGAUAGCGUCAGGCAUGAAGUACCUGUCAGACAUGAGCUACGUCCACCGUGACCUGGCAGCUCGGAACAUUCUGGUCAACUGCAACCUGGUUUGCAAGGUGUCCGAUUUUGGCAUGUCUCGUGUGCUGGAGGACGACCCCGAGGCUGCAUACACCACCAGGGGAGGGAAGAUUCCCAUCCGUUGGACUGCCCCUGAGGCCAUCGCUUACAGGAAGUUUACCUCAUCCAGCGAUGUCUGGAGCUAUGGCAUUGUCAUGUGGGAGGUGAUGUCAUACGGCGAGCGGCCAUACUGGGACAUGAGCAACCAAGAUGUGAUCAAAGCAAUUGAUGAGGGCUAUCGGCUGCCCCCACCGAUGGAUUGUCCCGUGGCGCUCCACCAGCUAAUGCUGGACUGCUGGCAGAGAGAAAGAGCGGAGCGACCAAAGUUCGGCCAGAUUGUCAACAUGUUGGACAAGCUGAUUCGUAACCCCAACACUUUGAAGAGGACCGGGGGAGACAGCACUGUCAGGCCUACCACUAUUCUGCUGGAGCCCAGUAGCCCUGAGGGUUCGUCGGCCGUGGGCACAGUGGAGGACUGGCUUCAGGCCAUCGGCAUGGAGAGAUACAUCGACAACUUCACUGCCGCCAGCUACACCACUCCUGAGGCAGUGGUCCACAUGACACAAGAGGACCUGACCCGCAUCGGCAUCUCCGCAGGAGCACACCAGAGCAAGAUCCUUACAAGUGUCCAGGGAAUGCUCUCCCAAAUGCAACAGAUGCAAGGCAGAAUGGUUCCCGUCUGAGACAUUUAAAAACGGAAGGAAAAAAAAGGAGCGAAGUGACUUCAUUUCCUAGAAAAACAACAAAAUACACACACACAAAAAAGACAUUUGAAACGAGAAAAACUAUGAAGAAAUAGUUGACCUCAUCCGUGCACUUUAACUUUGCUCUGAAAGAAAAGUGGGGACAAUGGCACUUUUUGUAAGAUUCAGACAUUUCUUCUGCCCUUUUUUGUUGAACGCAUUUGAGGAUAGAUGGAGGAACGUCUUGGAAGUGUUUCCAAAAGGCCAAUCUGGAGUGCCUUUGUUGGUUUGGAAGGAACAGCAAGACAGACGGUAAAGCUUUCCUUUCGGGCAAAAUGUUUUUUUCUGAAUGAUACGCAGAGCAGUUUUUUUUUUGUUUUUUUUUCUACAUGUUUAUCGUCUCCGUGGGACUUCCCUGACCACCAUUGUUCUGUCUCAGCUGGAUCUGUUCAAUAACUCACACACAAAAUGGAGGAUCUUAUCCGUCAGACGUCCAGUGUUGGCUUUGGCGGCACAAUGGGGACUUUUUUUUGUUGCUCCAUUCUGGACUUUCUUGCCAUUUUUUGCCGCCUGUUUUUGAUCUCGGAGAGAAACUCCCAUUUCUUCCUAAACAUGUCCUCCCUCACCUCUGCUGAACACGCGGUGGAGGUCGGCCCUCAGCACUAGAGCCUUGGCGGCCCCCACUUCCUGCUGCAGGACCACCUGACUCUUCCUCACCGAUCUCAAUGGAAUUUUGUUUGGCUGGACUUAAUUGGGUUUAUUCAUGCAGCAAGACAAAGGAACAUAUGGCAGGAUUUAAUCAAAAGGAUGUCUGCAACAAAUGCAAUAUGGAUGCGGAGUGAAUCACAAUCAUCACCCUCCGCUGAGGAUUAGUCAAGCUGUUAUCAAGCUGCUGAUGUCCAUCCCAAACCGGAUCUUGCCCCCGUUUACCACGUGCAGAAUUCCUCCUCCCCUCUGACACUCAGGUGCUGAAUCCCCCUCAAGCACCUGACAUGUCCACCUGACCUUUUCCCUCAUGUGUGCUUGAUGCCAUGCAGCACAGUACUGGAACACUAUGAAGGAUAAUAGGACUAUGCCAGGAAUGUAAUAUAGUCCAGCAGGGUCGGGUCUGUUCAAGUGGCUGAUGAGUUCUUUAAAAAAGAAAAAAUAUCAAUGUUUCCAAUUUGUGUUUUUCCACUUUAUUUUGUUUGAUUUCAAUGUGUGAAUGAAGUGUGUGUGUGUGUGUGUGUGAGACGUCCUUGGACAUCAGUACAGCGGUACCUCCGUUUUUGUCCGACAAAGACCAAAUCGAUUUCGAUUCAAUGAGAAAUCCGUUCCAGACACGCUAAAAUAUAAACACAAAACACAUUUUAUAGAUAAUUGUUAUAGUUAUCUAUGCAGAACACAGUGUGAAAUACAGCUGUCCCUUGUCAUUGCUGUUAAUUGGUUCCGGACAUGAUUGUGAUUAAAUUAAUUAAUUAUUAAUCAAAUGUUUUCAUAGCGAGAAUUACCUCCGAAAUACGUUUUCAACAUUAUGAGAGCCCUCCAGACAUGAAAAAAAACCUUUCAGUCUUUUAUUCUAACAAGUAAUGCUGGCUGUGGCUGAGCCAACCAGUGGCCACGAUACUGAACAGCACACUCAGAAUGGUUUGGUCUCUUCGAGUGGCCAAUACGACUGUAGUAUUGAUUUUUUUUAAGUUUAUUUAGCCAUUUUUAUGACUAAAAAUAAUAAUAAUAAUACCAAACAUUGGUCAUAUAUAUAUAUAUAUAUAUAUAUAUAUAUACAUAUAUAUAUAUAUACGUAUAUAUAUAUAUAUAUAUACACGUUUGGUCAGGAAAAAACACAGAGGCUACUUCAUCCCGACAAGCCUGUUUCUCAGAUUUUAUCAAAUGUAUAUAGAAUCCCCUGACAAGCAGCGAAACAGGCUUGUAGGGAUAAAAUAACCUCUGUGUUUUCUCCUGACCUAAUGUAUAUUCCGCUCUACCCCGGUAUUAAGUAUAUAUACUGUACCUAUAUAUAUAAAUAUAUACCGUAUUUUUCAGACUAUAAGUCGCAGUUUUUUUCAUAGUUUGGCCGGGCUCCAGUACGAUUUAUAUAUGUUUUUUUCCUUCUUUAUUAUGUGUUUUCGGCAGGUGCGACUUAUACUCCGGUGCGACUUAUACGCCGAAAA